AUGUUGGAUAAGUAUGCACUUAAAGAAAAUGAUUGGUUGAAGCGUUUGUUUAGUUUGAAGGAAAAAUGGGCCUUAGUCUAUGGACGACAAAUGUUUUGUGCUGACAUGACUAUCACCCAAAGGAGUGAGAGUGUGAACAGUGUUGUGAAGAGAUAUGUAAAUUACAAGCAUAAGUUUCUUGAAUUCUUUAAGCACUUUCAGAGGCUUCUUGAUGAUCGUCGAUAUGAGGAGAUAAAAGUCGAUUUUAAAGCAAGUACAAGUGUUCCACAUUUGAUAUAUCCGGUUCAGGUUUUAAAGCAGGCAGCAGGUAUUUAUACCCCUGAGGUAUACAAAAUCUUUGAACAAGAGUGGUAUAAAUCACAUGAUUGUAGUGUGGAAUGCUCUGAUGAUGGGGGAUUACAAGUGAGUUACAAAAUUACUCCUUAUAACAAGAGUCAUCACCAUAUAGUUGCAUUUGAUUCAUCGAGUGGAAAGGUAUUCACAAUGAAAAGCAUUACGAAUAUCCCAGGAGAAUACAUCCUAAAAAGGUGGACGCGGAAAGCAAAAGUUGGAUUUACUGGAGAUUCGAAUCUUAACACAUGCAACUUAGAUCCAAAAGUGCUUCAGAAUGUGCGAUAUAAAGAACUGUGUGGAUUGUAUGUUCAAUUGGUUACAAAAGCAUCAGAGAAUGAAUAUACCUAUAUAAUUGUUAAAGAUAGAAUUUUGAAGAUGUUUGAUAUAGUGGAUGGCAGAUUGCAAAGUAUGAAAUCAACAGAUAAUGAGGUACAUGGUAAAGAGUUUGACAAUCAUUCAUUGAUUGGGGAUGAGCCACAUAUUAAAGUAAAAAACAAUUCUGGAGCCAAAGGUAUAAAAUCAAAGAACAAGACAACUUCAGGCAAGAGACCAAGAGGUGGCUUAGAGAAAGCUUCACAGAAAAGAAGAGGAAGACGGGGAAAAAAUCUACCUUCAAUUGCUGUCACAAGUUCAUCCCCGUUGUUAUCUUCCAAUGAGGGUGGAGAAGAAAAUCUUAACACUACUUCUAUAGCAUCUGCUAUACCAUAUCAAAUGCCCAACACAUUUGAGGCACAACAACCACUUAACUUUGGAUCUUCAGGAACAAACAACUCACAACCAAAUGAAUAG